AUGAACUCGCCUUUAGCUCAACAAUAUAGUAGUGGUGCCAAGGAGAAUGCAUAGUAUUUGAAUGGAAAUUCCUAGAAGGGUAAUUUAGGUCAUUUAUCCUCAUAUUCAAGCAAUAAUUCUUCUCAUGUACAGUCAGCAAAUUCCUCAAACCGAUUUUCAAGUCUGGCAGGACUCAAGUCAAUAGUAAACCCUAGCCCAACUGUGUAAAAUCCAUAAUUGCGUAAAGGAUCUAUGGCAUCAAGUAAUCAAGAAUAGAGAGCCACAAAUAUGAAUUUUUCUUAGGGGCAUAUUGGUAAUUCUUAGUAAUAAUCAUUGCCGUCUUCUCAAUUAGGUAAUCAUUAACGAUCUUUUAGCAAUUCGAAGCUCCUCCAGCAAAAGUACGUCUCAUAAUCUAGCAAAAAUAAUAGUAUUUAAAAUUAAACGAAUUCAAACGGAAAUAUUAGCAACUCAGAAAAUAUAUACGUAUCGAAUCAUUCAUCAGCAAAUGCAAAUUAUCCUAACGCACAUAUUUCUAAUUAGUAAAGUGCAUUACCUAAUAAUUAAAGCGUCAACAAUUAAUGUAGUUCAGUAAAUAGCAACUAGAAUAGCCAUUUUUAAAGUGCAAAUUUACAUAAUUUUUCGAAUAAUGAAAGCGGAGCUGCCUAAUAAUAGCAGAGUUUGCUUGGCCCAAAGAAUAACUCUCCUCCUAAAUAGAACUUUAGUUCAUCAACUUAAUCAGCAACAAAUGCAGCUUUUAAUUUGUUCAAAAAUAACUAUUUAAAGUAGAGCAGUACUACAGUAAAUUUAAGUCUAAAUUAAGCAACCAAUAGCACAAAUUAAGUAUCAACAGUCAACCCUACUAGCAAUAACUAAAAUAAUACAGCAAGUAAAAUCUCUCAGCCUAUUGGAAAUAACUAGCAGAGCUCAACAACAUAGUAAUAUUAGCAUUCUAAUAAUACAGGAAAAGGUUAAAUAAAUAUGAAGCAAAGAUUAACUUACUCAAAUUAGUCAUCUACCCCAAAAUAAGUUACACCUCCUUCCUCCAAUCAAGGACAACUUGCUUAAUAUUAAAGUAUUGAUAAACAAAGUCAUUUGUAAUCUAUAGAAAAGAUUAAAGAAGAUAUCAAUAAAAAACUUAUCCUUUAAUAAUAGCUUAAUGCAUAAAUUGGUGUAAGCAAUUAGAAUUCAAAUGGGAGCAAAUCGUCAACUCCUUAGGGUUUGUCGAAUAAAAUGAGCAGUUCGAAUUCAGAGCAUAAAAAUAAUAGCACAGCUGCUACAAAUAAUAUUCUACUUUCCAUAAAUAAUUAAUCCACCUCAGUUAGCAGGAAGGCAAGCAGUGGAACUAUGUAAACAAAUAAAAAUAAUAUAAAUAGCAUAGUAAAUAACCAUAGCAAUAACUUGAAUAGUUUGAUGUGUAAUUCUAACAGCAACAAUAGCAACCAAAUUUUGAUUAACUCUUGUUCUAAAAGUUAAAACAUGAGUUCAAAUAAUUAAACUAAUAAUGUAACUCCAAUCAGCAGCAAUACAGUUUUGAGUAACGCUAACAACAUUAACAGGAUUAUUAACGAAACAACUAGCUUGAAUGCAACAACCAAUAAUCUAGCUUAAAACUCUCAUACAAAUCUGAACAAUAAUUCAUUUACUAAUAUUAAAGGAGAAGAUAAUUCAAGCACAAAUAUAAUUUUUGAAAAAGUAAAAAAACGUAAAAUGAAUAAUUUCUCUAUUGGUAACCAAAAUUCCCCUAAUUAAAUAUCAACUUCUUAACCUCAAUCGCAUCUUUCUUCAUAAAAAAAUCUAUAAUACAUCAUUUAAAAUAAGACCCCAAAUAUUCAAACUCCAUCAUGUGGCAGCAGCUAAAAGGGAUUAUCUAAGACUAUGAGCUUUUCUGGACACUCGAAUAAUUUUUAUUCAACAAAUUGCUACAUAAAAUCUCCACAAAUUAAUAACAAUAAUAAUCAAGGAAAUUAUAGCCAAAAUCACUCUAUUGCUGCUACAAAUUCUUUAAAUUAAACUGGGAAAAUAAAAAAUAAAAAAUUUAAUAGUAAUUAUGAUAUUCCUUCUCAAUAAUUAGACAAUAUCAGUAGCAAUAAAAGUCACAUCAAUUAAGGUAUAUCGAAUAUUAUCCACAAUCAAACUAAUUUAUCAUCAACUCCCUUUUCAGUUGCUCAUAGCUCAAAUCCUCAACUCUAAAAAAAUAAUUUCUCUUUAGAAGGGCCAGGAUCUACUUCAGGAAAUAUGACUAAUCAUGCUAGAAAUAACUCUUCUAACAAUCUCUCUCCAAAAUUAAACAAAGAAAAUUUGUUUAUGGAAUCUUAGUUUAAUUCAUUAUAAGGUAAUAUUCACGGAAUAGGUAAUUUGAAUACUAUGAAUGGGAAUCAAUUGUUGCUAAAAGACCCGAAAAUGUUUUUCAAAAAUUCAAAUUAGCUUUAAAACAUAAAUAGCAGUAAAGCCUUUUUCUAACAAACAAGCUCAUAAAAUACAACUCCAACUCAUUCUAAUUAAGUAACUUAUCCUACUUUGAAUGGCUAGAGCUCAUAUAAUCAAAAAUACUCUGAUAGCAAUGUUCACCGUCAAAAUAAUAACUAAAACCUAAAUCCUCUUCCUCUGCAAUCUAUACAAACAUUUCCACAACAAAAUUAAAGUUUGAAUUCUUCAUUUAUUUAAAAUAAUGCUCAUAUAAUUUAAAACUAGCCUUAAGUAGUAGGUAGUUUAAAUAGCUCCUUCUGGUCUCAAUAAACUGUAAACAAUAAGAUCAUUUUAAAUAAAUUAGAUAAUUUCGAUCUUGAGAAUACAUCAAACCCAAUAGAUCAUAUCUCAGAGAUUACUUCUCUCCUCUUGAUCUCUCUACAAGACACACCUUUAGCAGAAGCUAUAAAGAAAUUCGAAGAAAAUGUCUUGAAAAUAAAUACAGAAAACAAAUAAAAAUAAAGAUAAAUCUAACAUAAGCUGAACCAAAAGUUAAAAGAAAUUGAAAUUUUACAACAAGAUCUGAAUCUAGUAUAAAAUAAAUUAAGCUAAAAGGAAAACGAACUAUCAAAAGGCACCAGCACAGUCGGUUUAAAUAAAAAGAAAAUUGAUUAAUAAACACAAACCUCAUCAAAAAAGAAACAGCAGAAUAAUAAAAAUUCAGUAAUUUAAAUAUGUGAUCAAGACGGAAAUGUGCAGGAAGUAGACACUGACAAAGAAAAUGAAAUGCUAAAAGAUUACAUCCUAGAACAAGAGAAAAAAGUUAAUCAAUUCAAAGAAAAAGAAUCUAAAAUGAUCAAACUACUGCUUGCAGUCAAAAAGAGAGGUAUAGACAUAGAUGAUAUUUACAACAAUGAUGUUCUAAACGAAGAGUCAAAUGACGAAAUUCUAAAAAAUAAUCCUCCCUAAAUUUUCCCAGUCAAAAAGAAACGAAAUCAAGUAGAUACUGAAUUCUUUAAAAAAUUAGACAACGAUUUCUAAUAUGCAGACAAUUCAAUUGUCAAUGACUCUGAUGAAAGUAGCUUUGGAUUUUUCGGUAAACCAAGUGAUAGAGAAAUUAGUCAAUCAAUUACAAUUAAACCUUAAAAGAGCAAAUUAAAACAACAAACUAAGGCACCACCAAAAAUACCUUAAAAAUUGCAAGAAAAAUUCAAAUAAAAUCUUUAGAAUAUUUAAAAACAGGAGAGUGAUGAUGACGAAGAAGAUGAUGAAAACAACAAACUACACCAAAAUAUUUUAAAAACAUUAAAUAUAAAUUAAUAAUAAUUAGAUUAAUUAUAAGAAUAAAUAUAAAAAGAUCCUAAUAAUCUUACACCUGAGUAGAUUAAUUUGAUUUAAUAAAUUCAUCAAAUUCAAUAAAUGCAUGAAAAGUAAUAAAAAGAAGCUGUUUAAAAUAAAAAUUAGAAUUAAAAUUAAGCUUAUUAAUAAAAUUUUUAACAACAAGUUUAAACUAUUAACACUGACUAACAGAUUUUAAACUUUGACCAAGAAUCUUCUUGUACUGAUAGUUAGCUAGAUGUGAUGCAAAGUAAUAUUUUACCUUCUGAUCUGAAAAAAUAGCUAACUACUAUUUCGAGGUAAUCUGAAGAUGACAUCUAAGUUAUUGAUGAAUAGUAACUAAAUGUAGAAGAAGAAUUUGCAAAAUAUUUUGUUCAAAAAUGA